CCAUAUCGGUAUUUACAAACUGUACCUAGCGCCCCACCGGGGGCUACCGAAGACUGAAUUCCUUCUGAAAGCAUUCUUCGUUCGCACGGUCGUUCGAGUUCGAUUGGAGUGUGAGGUUUUUAUUUCGGUUUUUAUAAUAACAAACGCCCUGGUUCUAGCCUGGUUACCGACGAUCAGUGUAGUGUCACUGCAUUAGUACGAUCAAGCGCUUUUUAGUACACCAUACUGUGGAGAAAAAUCUUGUCCAUUCCGAGGAAAAGAGAAGCGAAAAGAGAACCACGUGUGUUGCAACCAUCGGUGUUCCCCACUCGGGCAUGCAAAAAUUGAGGUAAAAGACAGGCGUUCACACACUCCCACACACAAACACAGCGCGGAAAAAUAGAAAUCCACUCGCACGGAGACAAAGAAAUGCUUCUAAAAUUGGGGCUUUGGAAGGAAAAAUCGAAGCAAAAUCGAGAGCGACCUGGCGCCUCCAUCUGGUAGCUGGUUGAGGUGGAAGUUGAGGUGAAACCCGGCCCUGCUGUAUAAAAACCCCCCCGUUUGUCAACCGCCACUAUCAGUCGCACGAACCACGUCGCAACUACAUCCCACUUACGAGACCUACAACACGGAAGCCCCUUUCGGGAGAUAACAAUCGACUGAGUAGAAGUGUAGUAGCGAACCCCCGGACCCCCGGCUUGUGUAACACCGCUCCAUCACCAUUCCCUGCUGCAUCAAAAAAGGCAAUGUAAGGGCGUAGUGCCAGGCCAGUGGACGUGUUUAGGGAAGGUGGCCACCUCUGUUGGUGUUUCAUGUGCCGCUUAGUGACCCAGGACAGAUAAAUAGAAGAGAAAAAGACAGAAACAGACCGGGCAGAUGGAUGGAAUCCGGGGAAUGUUGUUAGCUAGUUGUGUGAGUGGGUACCACGCGGGUUGUUGUUGUAACUUGUAGCUAGUUCUCCUGUGUGUGGCUAGAUCGACGUUACAAAACGCGAAACGCUUAGAUGAAGAGUUAUGUUGCUGUGAAGUCUCUCUCUCUCUCUCUGUGCGCAUGUGUCGAUGUCGGUGUGUAUGUAAAUGUUAGUAAAACAACCUCCAGCAGGCAAACAGCAAAAACAAAAACAAAACCGAUAAGGUGGAUGAUAGGUACAUGUGCUAUAGGGAAUAAGGUGAUCGUCAGGAUAGGGUUAGGGCUACGCCGGCACGAGGUAGGAUCUGCAGAUCAUCGUAGUGGUUAGCAAGCGACGAUUGAGGGCGUGUCGUGAUCGUGGUUAGGGUUGAAUCGAGAGCUUCUAGAGCUCCCUCUGGCUACUGGGAGCCGCCUACUUUGAAUCUUUUCAAACGCUUAGAAUGACUAGCAUAAAAAGGUAGGUAGAAGGGGAGGUGGCGGUGAACCAUAGAUUAGAGUAGUAGCUGUUCUUCAAUCAAAUUCGGAUUACACGAGAUCGAGAUCGACCGGCAGGAGGACGACGGGUGGCGAAACGGCGACACUUCCUCGAACUUCCGUUGUGUAUGUGUCCACCUCACCAAUGUCUCCUCUCCCUUGUUGUCGGUGUUCACACACCACAAUCCAGCAAACAAAGCUACAAACACUGAACAAACAAAACAAAGCAAACAAACAAAACAAACACAAAGACGAAGAAUCGCGAACAAAUGAAGUAAUACCAUUAAGAUUAGCAGUGGCACGGUUUCUUGCACGGUGAUUUUUUCGAACCAUUUACCUUUUAGGGGGAGAGCCGGAAACGCGGGAAACGCGGAAAGUGUGGAAAACAAAAAAGGAAAAGUCCAUCGCAUCGCGAAACGGCGCACCGCGAAUUGUUGCUCCGUUAACCGGAGCACGCUGGUAACUGGUCGUGAGUGUGCGCCUGUACUGCAGCAAGCACGGACAGUCCUUGAGCCUUUCGCAUUUGACAGGGAUUCAUCACCACCACCACCACCACCACCUUCACCGCGCGGAAGCUCGCAGAGAUGAAACCGAGCGCAAUGCAAUUCCCACGGAGGAGAAGCACACGACGAUGAGCUAACCUAACCUAUCCCUCUCUCUUACCCGACCCGAUUCACUGGCGAACGGACGGGAGGGGGGUGGCCGGUUGGACACAUUUGGCUGGUGGUUUUUUUUGGGAUUGCUCAGGAUACUGAGAUGGUUACGCAAAAAAGGGGGGCGAGAAGGAAGAAGCGAGAGAAGCAUAACGUACGAUCGAAGCUGAUGAUACGCGCCAUCAUCGCGCGCUCUCCUAGUGGACGACGCGUGUGGGUAGUGUGGUGUGUAGCGUAGCGUAGUAGUGUACUUAGUGGUCCUGUAGUAGGGAGCGUAGUUAUUUAGCAGCGCAAAAUGGUUAGCAAUAGCGCGUGUAGUAGUUGUGUUUGUAAGGUGCAGCAACAAAAAAAAAAGAAAAAGGGCGCAGCAGGCCACGCUGACCAGCAAUAGUCGUAGACGUACCCCACCCUCCUCCUCCAUGCCGAUGGCUGCCGCAUGGUGCACGGACUAGUAGCGAGUGUAGCGCAAUCGUAGUAACCAGAGCAGCAGCAGCAGCAGCGCAUACUUUCUGCUCCAAGAGAGAAAGUUAGAGACAGACAGAGCGAGAGAGAGACAAAGACGCUUGUGGGCUUAGAGGUGAGGUUGAAGCGCAGCAGCAGGAAACACACAUCAGGUCCUCGAAAGCCUGACCUAUUUACUCGUGUUCUUUUUGAAUGGCAAACCCGUCUGCAUUCGUUUGAUGCUGCCUAGGAGGGGGGCACAUUUGUUGAUCCGUAUUCUUGAUUUCCUGCUCCGUUCCGUUUUGACCGCACACUACGAUGAGUUUCUGUACAAGUUUCGACAACAGCCGGUGGCUGCUACGUUAUAUUUCGAGAGUUGUGGAGUGUCGAUCGUAGGCGCUUUAUUGCGCCAAAUCCGUAUCCGGUUCAAUAUAUCGCUUUUUUGGGUUUUUUCUGUUUUUGGCCGUCCUGAGGACGAGUUUCUAAAAUUCCCCAGGAUUGAAUGCAUAGAAUCUAGGGCAACCACGUGGCAGAUAGAAUAGAAUCAACGUGCAAGCAGCAAAACGCAGGCAAACUAGAUGUGCAAAAGCGAACACGCGAACAAAAACGGGGAGGAAAAUGGCAGAAAAAGGAUUUAAAAAAAAAAAAGCUGGCAAGUGCAGUACAGGAUUAAGUAGUUGAAA